CCCCACCCCCGGGAGUUCAGGGGGGUGGGGGGCUGAGGAGAGGAUGGCGCGGGGCGGAGCAGGGGCAGAAGAGGCGUCCCUGCGUUCCAACGCACUGUCCUGGCUGGCCUGUGGGCUCCUGGCUCUGCUGGCCAACGCCUGGAUCAUCCUCAGCAUCUCGGCCAAGCAGCAGAAGCACAAGCCGUUGGAGCUUCUGCUCUGCUUCCUGGCGGGCACGCACAUCCUCAUGGCAGCCGUGCCCCUCACCACCUUCGCCGUGGUGCAGCUGCGGCGCCAGGCCUCCUCCGACUACGACUGGAACGAGAGCAUCUGCAAGGUCUUCGUGUCCACCUACUACACGCUGGCCCUGGCCACCUGCUUCACCGUCGCCUCGCUCUCCUACCACCGCAUGUGGAUGGUGCGGUGGCCCGUCAACUACCGCCUCAGCAACGCCAAGAAGCAGGCGCUGCACGCCGUCAUGGGCAUCUGGAUGGUCAGCUUCAUCCUCUCCACGCUGCCCUCCAUCGGCUGGCACAACAAUGGCGAGCGCUACUAUGCCCGCGGCUGCCAGUUCAUAGUCUCCAAGAUCGGCCUGGGCUUCGGUGUCUGUUUCAGCCUCUUGCUACUUGGGGGCAUCGUCAUGGGGCUGGUCUGUGUGGCCAUCACCUUCUACCAGACACUGUGGGCCCGACCCCAGAGGGCGCGGCAGGCCCGGAGAGCCGGGUAUGCGGGCGGGGCCAAGGGGGGUGGGCCAGGGGGCCUGGGUACCCGACCAGCCUUUGAGGUCCCAGCCAUCGUGGUGGAGGACGCCCGAGGGAAGCGGCGAUCCUCACUGGAUGGCUCCGAGUCUGCCAAGACAUCUCUGCAGGUCACCAACUUGGUCAGCGCCAUCGUCUUUCUCUAUGACUCACUCACGGGGGUGCCCAUCUUGGUGGUGAGCUUCUUCUCCCUGAAGUCGGACUCGGCUCCCCCGUGGAUGGUGCUGGCGGUGCUGUGGUGUUCCAUGGCACAGACGCUGCUGCUGCCGUCCUUCAUCUGGUCCUGUGAGCGCUACCGCGCCGACGUGCGCACCGUGUGGGAACAGUGCGUGGCCAUCAUGUCCGAAGAGGAUGGCGACGAAGACGAUGGAGGCUGUGAUGACUAUGCCGAUGGGCGAGUGUGCAAAGUUCGAUUUGAUGCUAAUGGGGCCACAGGACCUGGAGGCAGGGACCCCACCCAGGUGAAGCUGCUGCCUGGAAGACACAUGCUCUUUCCUCCUCUUGAGAGGGUCCACUACUUACAGGUCCCUCUGUCUCGACGACUGUCCCACGACGAGACCAACAUCUUCUCUAACCCUCGGGCCCCAGGCUCCUUCCUGCACAAGUGGUCAUCCUCUGAUGACAUCCGGAUCCUCCCAGCCCAGAGCCGGGCUCUGGGGGGCCCUCCUGAGUACCUGGGGCGAAGACAAAGGCUGGAGGAUGAGGAUGAGGAGGAAGCUGAUGGUGGUGGGUUGACCAGCCUUCGGCAGUUCCUGGAAGGUGGGGUUCUGGGGUCAGGUGGUGGGCCCCCACGUGGUCCUGGCUUCUUCCGGGAGGAGAUCACCACCUUCAUCGAUGAGACACCUCUGCCUUCUCCGGCAGCCUCACCACGGCCUUCUCCUCGCCGGCCCAGGCCUCUGGGCCUCUCUCCCCGUCGACUCUCCCUUGGGUCCCCUGAUAGCCGAGCUACUGGACUCCCUCUGGGGCUAAGUUCAGGGAGACGCUGCUCCCUGACAGGGGGUGAGAGGAGUGCACGAGCUUGGGGAGGAUCCUGGGGGCCAGGCAACCCCAUCUUUCCCCAGCUGACCCUGUGAGCCCAAGUGGGCCUGCUGGACUCAGAAUGGGGCCCAGAGAGGGAACACCUACUUCUGCCCUGAGCCAAAGGUGGCUGCCUCCAGACUCCGGGAGACCGUCACGGGAUCGGGGCCCCAGAGCCUACUGUCUCCCAGCCAAGUGACCAGAUGCCCUACUCACCUAUCACCCCUAGCAAAAUGUAUUAAAGUCUGA